GGCGAAUGUUAACCAAAGAUUUCAACGAAUCCUCACAACUGCACACCAAAUCAGCACGACCGACAACAACACAAACACCGCCCCAGCUCAGCAGCUCAGCAGCUCGAAUCAGCAGCACACACCCCUCAACCUCACACUGCUGCUGUCGUCCUUGCGCUGUUCGCUCAACCCACACCGACCAUGGCAGAGAACGGCAUGGCCAUGCUGAGGAACAAGUUUGCUGAGAAGCUCACGAUCCUCAACGACCAUGGCAAGGGCAUCUUGUGCAAGCUCUACCACACCAAGCGCCUGCUCCAACAUGAGCAACCACCCUCGGUGCUCAUUGAGAAGACCUUUGAAAGCCAGGUCAAGGCAGCCCUCAAGAAAUUCCCCAACGUCGACAGCCUCAAGGAACGGGACAGCUUCACCUCCGCACGCAGGGAGGAGCUGAUGAACACCCUGCAACCCCACUACUACAACCUCGUCGACGCCAUGGACUUCCAGGAUCGGGUGAAGGAAGUUGUUGCGUCAAUGAGCGCAUGCCAGAUGCGGCUGCAGCUGAACCUCAACUACCGGCUGACGGCGCUGUUUCUGGAUCUGCUGCACACAUAUGUGGCCGUCAUUCUGCUCCUCUUCCGCCUCGACUCCCGCCGCAUGAUUGCAAUGGUCUUCAACGCUACAUACAGCAUGUUCAAGGGAAACAUGGAGCCGGCGUAUCCGCGCCUGUCGCAGCUGCUGCUGGACUACGACACGCCUGCCCGCGUCAUGUACGCUCCCUUCAAGCCCCACAUCAACAUGAUUCUGACGCCGCUGAUGUCUGUGCGGGCGCACCUGGACACCAUGUACCAGACGGCGGACGAGUUCAGGAAGGCGCACCUCCUCAACAUCGCAAACAACCCAGCAAAGAUGACUGAGCCCGAGCACAUGUACGACGUGCUGCCGUUCACGACAUCGACCGAUCGCAUGAUCCACUGGCUCGUCUUCGGCUAUCUUCUCAUUCCGAAUGCGCUGGCGGAGGACGAGUCGAUGAUGACGAUGCUGCGGUGUCUCGGGGACGGCUUUGUGCUGCAGCUCUAUCGCACCGAGGUCGCAUACCCGCACACCCUCCUGGACACAACCCUCGCCUCCCUCGCAGACGCAAAGAAGAUGUCAAAGCAGAAGGCGCAGGUUGCUGAGCAGCUGGCGGCCGCCAUCACAGAGGCGCCGACGCUGCACCGCGACCGCCGCACAUAUCUUCGGCACAGCCUCGCCCAGCUCCUCGCCCUCGUCCAGGACAAGCCGGGCCUGCUCGGGCCAAAGAUGCCUGUUGUGCUGCGUGGGCUGGUCAUGGCGCGGGACGAGGUGAACUGGCUAAUGCGCCACGCACACGCGCAGCCACCAAAGGCAAAGGCAAAGGUCAACCCAAAGGUCUUCCAAGACAAGGAUCUCUCUGAACUCCUGUUCUACAUCACUGAAUUCAACUAUCUGUUGAAGGGACAGCGGGCGAUCAUCUCGCGCUAUUUCAAGGACUUUCUCACGGGCCACAACCUCACCGUCAUCCGAGAGACAAUAGGGGCGCUGCAUCUCUCUGAACACGAGCACAAGAUCCUCAACGGAUUUGCACAGACGCUGGAGGCCCUCGCUUCCGGCGAGGGCGCGUCGUUCGCGGGGUUCCGCCUGGAUUGGCUACGGCUGCAGGCCAGCAUGUGCGCCGCCAACGUGCCCUUCCCGCUGCACCAGAACGAGCUGUUUGCCUCGUACCUCAACCUCGCCGAGUUUAACUCAUACCUCCUCGACAACGCAGACACGUUUGUGCGGGAGACGUCCAUGCCGGCCAACAUGUGGUUCUACCGCACGACCCUCACCAAGAUGUUUGACACGUGCGUCAACUCCCCCGCGCACCAGCGCUUCUCGCUCGCUUUUGUCAUGCUCUGCGACUCGUUCUCCUUCAACGCAACGCCCUUCUUCCCAGACGAGCGCAUGCAGAUUGGGCGCGGCGCUGCGGAGAUGGCAGCCAACUUCCUCGCCCGCAUCGCCUACAACACCACGCUCGCCGUCCACGAGAUGGCAAUGGCCCACGUCGCCCUCGGCGCAGAGCUGCUGCCAUCAAAAGCGGUGACGGUGAUGGUUGCCCGCACGAAGAAAGGGAAGGCGCCCGUCAGCAAGGACGCAGAUCGUGACCCAGAGACAACGAAAAAACUGGAGAACCUGCAGGCGACGCUGGCAGACCUGUGCUGGGCACUCAACCACCACGUCACCGUCAACGUCUUCAACAUCUGCUUCUCCCCGAGAGAGUAUCUUGUGAAGAACCUGUCGUCGACGGUCCCGAAUGCAUUGAGCCAUCUUGUCACCAUGAACGCCCCAGAUGGCGUUCCCCAGCGGCCCUCCGUCUGCCUCAGUGCAGUCAAGUCGUACAUGGCGGCCUAUCGCUCCCUCGAGAGCUACGUCAGCAUCGACGUCUCCAGCAUCUUUGCAAACGCAAUGCUCGACCAGACGCUCGUUGCGGCUGGCUCUGAGAAGCCGACGAUUGCGACGUCGUACGUGUCGUUCUACUGCGAUCUCCUCUUCAAAUAUGGCGGAUCAGGCGCAGUCCUCUUUAGCGAAAGCCGCAAGUGCCUCGUCAGCAAGUCUGGCGUGAAUGUCCGCGCCGAGCUGUACACUGACGUCACAGAGCUGCGUGCGCUGUGCUCGCUGAUUGGCCCUUUUGGCGUGAAGCAGCUGAAUGCGGAUCUCGUGUCGCGUCUCGGGCACCUCCUCAAGGACAUGAAGGCCAUUGCCACCACCAACCCGCGCAUCAACGAGCUCGCCCAGUGCAUCCACAACGCAUCGGACACAACAGACGUCCUCCGCUCCCUCAAGGAUGUGGACUUGUUCUUCAAGCUGCUGUCCAUCUCGGGGCUCAUCCUCAACUUCCGCAAGCUCGUGCUCGAGGCUCUCUCUUCCGUGCUUGAGGACCGCAUUCCGUUCAUCUUCACGACCAUUCAGGACCUGCACCAGCACGUCCGCGGAUCUGAGUCUGUGAACCUGCUGGCGCUGACGGCUGGCCUGUCAUCGGAGCUUGACCCAACGCUCAUCCGCGAACUCCGCCCAUACAUUGACGACCCGCAGCAUGUGCACAUGCUUGUGCUGCUGUUUGGCGUGACGCUGCGGCACAUUGGCACGUCCUCCUCGCUUGCCUUCAAGCCCGCGCAGGGCACUUUUGAGGGCAACUCGCAGUGCAUUGCAACGGCGGCGGCUGUGCUGUCGUCCAUCCUCAUGGCGCUCUCCUCAAACCCGUCUGUCAUGCGCCAGUCCAUCGUCCAGGCACAGAAGCUCAUCAUCAAGAUUGGAAGCGUGCUGCUGCUUCGACUGCAGAAGGAAGGCGGAAAGAACCGCAACACUGCUCUUCUCGUCCUGAACAAGAUUGUGGAGGAAUCGCCGUUCCUGACUGCAGAUGUGUUGGAGGAGUUCCUGCCCUACAGCCUUGUCCGCUGCGCACAGCACGCCCUCUGCGCUGGCACAUCGCACCAGCAAGUGGUGCCUGAGGAAACUGCCUAACGCCACACAUGUGGCUGCCGUCCUCUUCCCUCUUGUCUCAUGUGCUUUUUGUGUUGGGUGUUGGUUUCUGUCUCGGGUGUGUUGUUUGCUUCACAGGUGUCUUGGUGACAGUUGUGCUUCUUCUCUUGGUCGUGUUGUCGACGUGUCUGUGUGUACAACUUGUUUGUUAGCCUUUCUGAAUUGCGCUGUUGUGUUCAUUCUAUUACACGUGUCAUCACUGG